AUGCACAAAACUAUCUCCCAAAGACUUGUCCUAAGUCCCUUACCUCAAGAAAUUAAUAGUAUAAUGGAAGAUAGCCCGAUCUUGUCAAAUUGGACAAAUGACAACAAACAAAAGAUGAACUGUGACCUUUCCUGUGAACUGUACAGAAUGUUUACAUAUUCAGCUUUCCCCGCUGGUGUUCCUGUCUCAGAAAGGAGCCUUGCUCAUGCUGGUUUUUAUUACAAGGGUGUGAAUGACAAGGUCAAAUGCCUCUGUUACAGCCUGAUGCUGGAUAACUGGAAACAAGGAGACAAUCCUAUUAAAAAGCAUAAACAGCUGUAUGCUAGCUGUAGCUUUAUUCAGAAUCUGGUUUCAGCUAGUCUGGGAUCCACCUCUAAGAAUAUUUCUCCAGUGAGAAGCAGUUUUGCACAUUCUUUAUCUCCCACUUUGGAACAUGGUGGCUCAUUCAGUGGUUCUUAUUCCAACCUUUCACCAAACCCUCUCAAUUCUAGAGCAGUCAAAGACUUCUCUGCAUUGAGGACUAACCCCUACAGUUAUGCAAUGAGUACUGAAGAAGCCAGAUUUCUUACUUACCAUUUGUGGCCCUUAACCUUUCUGUCACCAUCAGAAUUGGCAAGAGCUGGUUUUUAUUAUAUAGGACCCAGAGAUAGGGUAGCCUGCUUUGCUUGUGGUGGGAAGCUAAGUAACUGGGAACCAAAGGAUGAUGUUAUGUUAGAGCACCGGAGACAUUUUCCCAACUGUCCAUUUUUGGAAAAUUCUCUAGAAACUCUGAGGUUUAGCACUUCAAAUAUGAGCACGCAGACAUAUGCAGCUCGAAUAAGAACAUUUAUGUAUUGGCCAUUUAGUGUUCCAGUUUGGCCUGAGAAGCUCGUAAGUGCUGGUUUUUAUUAUGUGGGUCGCAAUGAUGAUGUCAAAUGGUUUUGUCGUGAUGGUGGCUUGAGGUAUUGGGAAUUUGGAGAUGAUCCAUGGGUAGAACAUGCCAAGUGGUUUCCAAGGUGUGAGUUCUUGAUACGCAUGAAAGGGCAAGGGUUUGUUGAUGAGAUUCAAGGUCGAUAUCCUCAUCUUCUUGAACAGCUAUUGUCAACUUCAGAUACUCCUGGAGAUGAAAAUGCUGAUCCACCAAUUGUUCAUUUUGGAUCUGGAGAAAGUGCUUCAGAAGAUGCAGUCAUGGUGAAUACACCUGUGGUGAAAUCUGCCUUGGAAAUGGGCUUUAGUAAGCUGGUAAGACAGACAGUUCAGAGCAAAAUCCUAACUACUGGAGAGAAGUACAAAAUAGUCAAUGAUAUUGUAUCAGCUCUUCUUAAUUCUGCAGAUGAAAAAAGAGAAGAGGAAAAGGAAAGGCAAGCUGAAGAAAUGGCAUCAGAUGACUUGUCACUAAUUAGGAAGAAUAGAAUAGCUCUCUUUCGGCGGUUGACGUGUGUGCUUCCUAUCCUGGAUAAUCUUUUAAAGGUCAAUGUAAUUAAUAAACAGGAACAUGAUAUUAUUAAACAAAAAACACAAAUACCUUUACAAGCAAGAGAACUGAUUGAUACCAUUUUAGUGAAAGGACAUGCUGCAGCCAACAUCUUCAAAAACUGUCUAAAAGAAAUCGGUUCUACAUUAUAUAAGGACUUAUUUGUGGAUAAGAAUAUGAAGUAUGGCUCGUAUAUUCCAACAGAAGAUGUUUCAGGUCUGUCACUGGAAGAACAGUUGAGGAGCUUACAAGAAGAAAGAACUUGUAAAGUGUGUAUGGACAAAGAGGUUUCCAUUGUAUUUAUUCUUUGUGGUCAUCUGGUAGUGUGCCAGGAAUGUGCCCCUUCUCUAAGAAAAUGCCCCAUAUGCAGGAGUAUAAUCAAGUGUACUGUUCAUACAUUUCUCUCAUAA